AUGGAAGUGAGAUGGAUGGCAAACAGUGACUGUCUAAUCUGUCCGGCGCAUGCUGUACACAAGGAAAAUGAAACAGGUAAGGAAAAUUUGCUUGUAAAAAGAAAUUACCCAAAUACAGUGUCUUACUUCGAUCGCGAUCGACGAUCUAUAUUUCUCAAAUUCAUUAAUAAUUCAUGAGCAAUUCAGCCAAUGAUAAUCACCUAUUUGAUCACAAGAUGCCAUUUGGAUAACCCGGUGAAACUUGAUGAAAGUCACUAGUGUUUUCAUCAAAUAUCUUAAUUACGCGUGCAAAAUUACUUCAAUAGAAUUCCUAAGUACGUUAUGCUUGGUUAAGAAUUCUAUUGAAAUCAGCAAACGAAAACAUUCUGUUACGUCUCGAUUCAUUUGAGAAGCCAUAUAAACAACUCAAGCUCGUGUUUCACCGGGAUAUCCAAACACUCGAAAACAAUGUUUCUCGUGUUUGGAUAUCCCGGUGAAACACUCGCUCUCGUUGUUCAUAUAUUACAUAUGAGACACGGAAUGAUGACAUAAUUAUAAGAUAUGAUAUAAGAUCUUAUGAUAUAAGAGAGGUAACGUUUGUAGCCUGACAUUUAAGGCUAUAUCCCGUUUGAUAUUCUUUGUUUCGUAUAUGUAAAAAAAAUAAACGACUCCUUGUUAUACACCUUGUAUAUAAUAGAUUAUAUAAAGACUACGUAGCGCAGCUAAACUAAAUAAUCUUAUUAAAUUUUUAACUGUAUGAUGAUCAAGUUUAGCAAGUAUAUAUGAAACAUGAAGGAAGUAGACAUUAAAACAAACUAUCUAAGAUGUUCUAAGAUGUAAGUUCUGUCUUUAAAAAACACGUUUGUCAUUGUUAAUUUUGUCAUACAAAAUAAUGCUGACUUAUCACUGCACUAGAUAUGACAAAAUCUAAAUCAGCAUUCAAUGCAAUUGCUUUGUAUAGCGCACAAAAUUCGACAAGAUUGUUGUAGACGUUUCUACAUCAAAUUUUUCUCCUCCUUUCACUUUCACUUUCACUCUAUAUCUGACUGUAGUCUAACGUUGAAAGCAAAUUAGGAUGCAUUUGAAGUAGUCUAGAAUACUAUAUACAUUUUAUUUCAGAUAAACAAACGCUGUACUUAGAAGUGGUUGGCCUCGCUGGUCAAGAAAACUGGGAAGAUUAUUCCAAAGAAAUUGCUGGUGAAUGGAUGGCUAUGAAAAUAAAUGGCAUGGCACCUCUUCCUCACUGGGCCAAACAGUGGAGUUACCUUGAUGGCAUUGACGACUAUAUCAAAGAGGUAGGCGAUAGAAAAAAUCUUUUAAGAAAAUUAUUACAUCUGUAUACAAUGCAUGGACAUUGAAUUUUGUCCUAUAUUAACCAGGGUUAUAAUUUGUCGACAAGUUCCCGAAAACAAUUUCUAUACUAACCGCUGUCUUAACUUGCGAAUUUUUUUUUUAUUUGAUUUCUUAUUUCCUUCACAAAUUGGCUUCUUAAAAAUUUUCCUUCAAACCAUUUGUCUAAAGUUCGUCGUGACCGUCAAAGUAGCAGUGAGAUAGCUAAUAACAAAAAACUGUAGUAGGUAUAGUUAAUUGCGAGAAGUGGUGCAUUAAGGCGUAUAACGUAAGUAAAAUCACUUUUUUUAUUUCUUUUCUGCUCAUGACGAUUCCUGAUCAAUUACAAGAGUUGGCUUUGUUUUGUCUUUUCAGGGGUACGGUGACAACCUGAAAACAUUCCGAAAACAAGUCAUGAAGCAACCUGAACGGUUACUUUUCUCGAAUGCGAGGCUGAACAAGGUCAUAUUCCAGGAUUCCGAAAAGGUAUGACAUUUACCUUUACAGGUAUAUUAUUACCAUGAAUUUCAUGCACGUUCAUAAAAUAUAAUUAACACUAUUGACCGAUUCGAAAAUUAGCAACCACAAUUUUGCAUUAUUUUAUAUUUUAUGCAUUACCUGGCUGAUAUACAAUCUUUCAACAGAGAUAGUUAUUUAAGGUAGUCUUCCACCCAAAUUUUCCAAUAUUCGUUAUUUUUUAGAAAAACGUAAAAAUGUAGUCUUUAUAGCGUUCUUUACAAAAUCCGUGUAAUUUUAAGAACGAAAACGUACCGUAAACCAGAGAAAUCCAGCAAAUUCUACACCUUCGUAGGGUAAAACCACGAUUUUACCCGGAGCGAUAAAGAUAUGCGAUUGGUUUAGUCUAUUGUUCCAUUUUCAAUUAUAUUGUUCUAUCUAAGUUAUUCUAAUAUAUGCAAAAACUUUAAAAUCGCUUUUCUCACAUGAGCAUUUUGCGAAAUACUAAAAACUCUCCUACUGUUCAUACUGAAUCAAUUCGUUCGAAAUUUUCAGAGUUUAUUUGCUUGUUACAUAGCCAUGUCAUGGACCUAAAAAACUUCAUAUAUCAGCAAUAUACAUUGCAAGAGUAGCCUUAUAAGAACUCCUUUCUUCAUAUAAUUUUAAAAAAGUAAAAUAUGAAGGCCUUAUUAUAUUACUUGUAUAUUUUGUUAGGUUCAUGACAUAGAUCGAUGUAUUAAGUGUCCAUUAAAGCUGUUUCUAAAAUCCUCUGUAAAUUAGUUUGGCUCACAUCAUUUUUGGAGCAAACCCUAUACUUUACCCUAUAGCGAGGCCUAUCUUAGUUACUAUGGCAACGACGAAUGUAAAAGUUACUGAUCCUGCGUCAGCUGAGGAUAUUGCAUCAUAUUUGACUCAAAUAUGACCAAAUAUGAUGAUAAAACCUUUAAAUUGAAAAAAAUGUUUUUAGGGUGGAAGACCCCCUUAAGGCAAAGUGUGAAAGUUUUAGAAUGAAAACAAUCCUGCAAAAUGCACCAAAACGAGGCUAGUCAGGCUAGUAUGAACAUCCGUAGUUUUAAAGAUGACAUGACACGGAAAAUAUUAUUUACUGGAUGUGAUUACCUGCUAAAGCAACGAAGAAAACCAUUUUAAUUAUACUUUGAUAGCUCAAGCUCCGUUAUGAAAAUAUUUACAUUUUAUUAUUAGAACUGAUGACGUCAUUUUGUUUGCAAAACAAAAGAAACUUAAUGGAGCUGAAUGUGAUUUGCUACAAAAAACCUAGUAAAACAAAUUCGUAAAGCGAUUUUUCGUUCCAAUGAGUAGCAGCAAAUGAAAGUUGUCGUCUAUUAUUGUCAUUUAAGGUUACUUCAGCAGCGUAGUUUAUUGGAUGCUUGUAAUUAUGUUAUUCUUUCAAACCUCUCCUAUACCUUCCUUAUAAAUUUGCAAACAAAAUGACGUCAUCAUUUCAAAUCUCAAAAUGUUAAAAUCUUAGAACAAAAUAGAAUAUUAAAAAAUUGUAAAUGACAUCCGAUAUAAGUCAUGUAGGCAAUAAGAUUCCACCAAUACAAAUUUUCAUGUCAUGUCACCUCAAAGAGAACACAUGAUAUUAUAUUUAUACUUUGCAAAACUGUUAGUUUUGAAGUAUUCUGUAAGGCGGCAGUGAUGACAGUGAUUGCCUUGGUCGAAAUUAAUUGCGGGAGAAAAAAAGCAUCACAACCAUAUUUCAAAUCGAUCUAUAGUAUACAAAAGUAUUAUAAAAUAUUUAUCAUCGGUAUUGAUCAUGUCUCCGCAAGUAUGAGGUGAAAUACGUUCAAAAAGUUACCUCUAAAAGCAGAAAUUGGAAAAUUUUGCAAACAAUUUAUCAUUCUACUCUUCGAAAUGUCUUAUAUUAAAGUUCUCAAAACACAGCAUAUUUCCUGUAGGAAGUAUUUGUCUGGCUUUAGUUAUAUAGAUGAAAAGGGUUCAUAUAGAUGAAAUUGAAAAGGGUUAUAUAGAUGAAAUUGUAGGAUCCAAUGCCAGAGAGCAAACAAGAGACCGAGAAACUUAAGCUUUUAAAAUAUAUAGAAUGAAGUCUGACUUUUAAUUAAACUGCCUUAUUUUGUACUGCUAUUAGAAAAGUGAGAAGCCAAAGAUCAAAGAAUCAAAAUCGUCCGUCAAGGCACCUGUAAAUGACGCUAUUGUGAAUGAUUCCGAGAUGAUAUUCAAAGAUUUGGAGAAGCACGUAGAAACCUGGAAGACUUUUUUCAUGACAUUGGGAGAGCAAGUGUGGAAUGUUCCGUUCAAAGUUCCUAAAAUGGAUAUCCAGAGAGAAUGGAAGAACACCGAAGCAAUCUUGCAUGAGGUAAAACUUCUUUCCUAAACCGUCCAGAAAAGAAAUCCAAACUUGUCAGAUUUGGGAUACCAACUCAAAGAUUCUGGCUUCUAGAAAUUUUCAAUUCUUUGGAAUCCGGAUUUCAAAUUCAAGGUUUUCUGCACAUGUUUUCCGGAUCUCAUGCUUAGGAUUAUUGAUUCAAAAGGCUAACGUUUGCUGGAGCUGAGAUUUCGUUAGACCGUUACUUAGAGUGGAUCCUUGGACUUAACAUAAACAUAACAUAACAUAACAUAACACAACAUAAAUUACAACUUGAAAGGAAAUUAAGAGGUCAACCCUAUAUAAAAGUUCUAAAUGUUAUCACAUAUGAAAUUGUUUAGUAUUCGCAGAGUAAACAAUCGAGCUCCACAAAUUAUCAGGAGCAUAAAUUUUCUACCAAAAAGUAGAUCUAUGCAAAGAUAGCAAAAUCGAUUUCCAUCGCUAUUCCCUUUAUAGCAUUUUUCGCUGUCACUGGGAGAACAGGCUAGAUGUUUGUUUAGCAUGAAGACAUCAUUCUCUGUUUUUGUAUGUACUCACUGCCUGUUUAUUCUUCAUUGCAGAUAAACGAGAAGUAUCCUCACCUUUGCACUGAAGAAGAUUUGUACAAGAAUUUGUUCACUUAA